GUUCUCAAAAAAAAAGAAAUAGCUUCACGGUUCACCGACCCAACCGGUAACAAAUCAUACAAACUCUUAUACACGUCUGUGUUGGCCACACGAUUUAAUCAAAAAUCAGCUCUCUGCAAAACUCUGCCGGCGUGAAGAAACAAAAAAAAAUUCUCAGGCUAUUUCUUCUCUCUCAGAGAAAAUGGAUCAAGAAUCAUCUCAGUGUCCCUUCGUUGCGGAAAGCAUCAUCCAAAAGUGCCCUUUCCUCAGAAACAUCAACAAGCCAACCAGCUUCUCCCUCUCCUCCUUGAGUUUUCCAGUUCCUGUGCAAGAAGGUAGCAAAGGCCCGAUUUUUGAGGAUGGUCCUGCCUUUAAUUCAGCUUUCAAGCUCUUCCAUGGCAAAGACGGUAUUGUUCCGUUAUCUGGACGUUCCAGUUUCAGAGAUGAUCUCGGAGACGAGACUCCACUGUUCAAUCCUCUUGCGGGGAAGGUUGCUACCAUUAGCCUGUCAGCUUUUGGUCCUGGAGGACCUUUUGGGUUUGGUCCUUUCUCUGACAAGUUCAAGAAACAAAAGAAGAACAACAAAAAACAAGAGUCUGGGGACUCAUCCAAGCACGAGGCAGUUGGUGACGAGUGGUUAAAAACCGGCAACUGUCCGAUCGCGAAAUCAUACAGAGCGGCAAGCAAAGUCAUGCCUCUUGUGGCGAAAGCAUUACAGCCACCACCUGGUAUGAAGUUUAGGUGUCCAGCUCCUAUAGUAGCUGCAAGAGCUGCGCUUUCCAAGACCCCUUUGGUUAAAAGCCUUCGCCCUCAGCCUUUACCUGAAAAGAUGCUCGCCAUCGCUCUCAUGGGGAUGGCUGCAAACGUGCCUCUCGGUGUUUGGAGGGAACACACCGUCAAGUUUUCGCCUUCGUGGUUUGUGGCCGUUCAUGCUGCUGUGCCUUUCAUAGCUAUGCUCAGGAAAUCUGUGCUCAUGCCUAAAGCAGCCAUGGCUUUGACUAUCGGAGCGUCCAUCUUGGGACAGGUGAUUGGGUCGAGAGCUGAACGUUACCGUCUCAGAGCGUUAGCUGCGAGUACAGUUGCUGAAACAUCGACUGUUACUGCUGGUGAUGGACACAACGACCAGGUGUCUGAUGGUGCAGGCUUUGCUAAAGGACAUUGUGGUGCAGGGGAAGGAGUGAAGGAGGUUUAUUACAAUGUGAAUAUUGGUGAACCAGCUAAAUCAACUGGACUCUGCUAUUGAUAUAUGUUCUUAUUAAAACUACAAAAUUACUAUGCAAGGAUUGCAAUGUUCUGUGUGGGAAAGUUAAUUCAGUAAUAUUGUGUAAGACAUAAUAAUAAUAAAGGUGAAUAAUUCCCUCAGUAAA